UCUCUGGUUUCUGUCAGUCCAGUUUCCUCGUUCUUGUCGCCAAAUCUUUGUUUGUGUUUCAGAACCGAGCCGCUGCUGCUGUUCGGUUCUUCUUCCGGUCUGAACCCGGUAAUACCGACUCGGUACCGGAACCGACACCCGGAGCUACAAACUAACUUUAAACGUUUUCUUGUUUUGAAUCGCUCGGUGUGUGCCUCUGUACCUGGAGGACAGAUUCACCUGUCGCCGCUCACCUGUUGUCGCCAUGCCAGGCUGAUGGCGCAGAGCGCGAGACUCAAAGACGACAGGAAGCUCCGGUAAAGACGGAUUAACGUACAGAGAAAGGGACAACCCGGGACUUUAUAGUGACAUGGAUUUACUGGACUCAGGACAGACGUUCUGUCCCCGACAGGACCAUGAGUGGGACACCACCCUUCAGUUCCUGCCGGCCUCAGACGCGAAGCAGCUGGAGAAGACGCCUGGCUGCAGGAGGAAGCUGUGGAUGGGAGUGGGUCUGGUGGUGGCGGCGGCUGCUGUGGCUCUGCUCUGCGGACUGCUCGUCUGGCACUUUCACUUACGCCGUGAUGUCAGAAUGAAGAAACUUUACAUCGGCUCCAUGGAGAUCAACAACGAGCACUUUGAGCCGGCGUAUGAAGAUUCCAGCAGUUCCAAGUUUAAACAGCUGGCCUCUCUGGUCAACAGACAGCUGAAACUGAUUUACUCCAAAAACUCUGUGCUGACCAAAUACUUCAAAGGCUCCACGGUUCAGGCCUUCAGCGAGGGAGACGCUGGCGGUGACAGCAUCGUGGCGUAUUACCAGUCAGAGUUUGACGUCCACGUCCUCCAGCAGGACUCGCUGGACGAAGCCAUCAAGUCUCUGGAGCCGUCGGCAGGAAGUCAGUCGGGCCGACACGGACGCCUGCUGCUGAAACCCACCGACGCUCUCAACGUCAACAACGUCGUCUCACAAGCUAUCGACCCGCGCAUGACGAGGAGCUCUUUGUUUGUGAAAAAGUCCUUCAACGUCCACGUCAGUAAACCAGGAAUCGUCCAGUCUCCGGGGUUUCCGGACUCUUCGUACCCUCCCAACGUCUACCUGCAGUGGAGGCUGAGGGCCGACCCCGGCCACCGAGUCCGCCUGGACUUCCACACUCUGAUCCUGGAGGACGACUGUCAGCAAGACUUCAUCAAAAUCUACGACUCCCUGGCUCCGAUCGAGCAGCGCGUCCUGACAGAACAGUGUGGAUACCCUCAUGAGUCUCUGUCCUUCCUGUCCUCUGGAAACGUCCUGUUGUUGACUCUGCUCACCAGCGGGGACAAGAACUUCCCCGGCUUCAGAGCCAACUACUCCCAGAUCCCUCAGGCUCAGCUAAAGUGUGGAGGGACACUGACCGGAGACAGAGGCUCCUUCUCUUCACCUUUCUUCCCCUCCAACUAUCCUCCGAAAACCUCGUGUGUGUGGACCAUCGAGACGUCAAAGGAAAAGUUUCUGAAGGUUCAGUUCAACAAGUUCUUCAUGGGAAACUACAGCAGCCAGUGUCGCACUGAUUACGUUGACAUCAACGGUCAAAGACUGUGUGGCAGUAAACCAAAGAGCACCGUGAUCACCAGCCGCAGCAACAAGAUGACCAUCAAAUUUAACUCGGACUCGUCCUACGUUCACCAGGGUUUCACCGCCGAGUACGAAGCCUUCAUCCCGACGAAUCCUUGUCCCGGAAGGUUCCAGUGCACCAAUAACCUCUGCAUCAACAACACGCUGCAGUGUGACGGCUGGAACGACUGCGGAGACGGCAGCGACGAGGACAACUGCAAGUGCGAUGCGUCUCAGAUGAAGUGUACAAACGGCCGCUGUAAACCAAAGUUCUGGGAGUGUGACGGGUUCGACGACUGUGGAGACAACAGUGAUGAGCAGAACUGUGUAAAAUGUAAAGCAGGAGAGUUUUCCUGCAGAAACAGCCGCUGUAUCCCAGAGAAGCUCAAGUGUGACGGGAAAGACGACUGUUCAGACGGAUCAGACGAGUCUACGUGUGAGAAAUCUCUGGUUCUGCAGAAGUGUUCAGAGUUCACCUUCCUGUGUCGGAGCGGACACUGCAUCAGUAAACUGAACCCAGAGUGUGACGGAGAGCAGGACUGUGAGGACGGCUCUGAUGAGGACGACUGCCAGUGCGGGACGAGGCCGUACCGGAGCUCUCGUAUCGUGGGCGGUCAGGCGUCCCGGGAGGGGGAGUGGCCCUGGCAGGUCAGCCUCCAGAUCCGGGGAACGGGUCACGUGUGUGGAGCGUCGGUGCUGAGUAACCGCUGGCUGCUGACCGCCGCCCACUGCGUCCAGGACAGCGGACCAAAGAAGUACUCUCAGGCGGACCAAUGGGAGGCCUUGCUGGGUCUGCACGUGCAGAGUCAGACCAAUGAGUGGACGGUGAGGAGGAACGUGAGGCGGAUCAUCACUCACAAGGACUACAACGGCUUCACCUACGACAACGACAUCGCUCUGAUGGAGCUGGACGCCAACGUCACCCUCAACCAGAACAUCUGGCCCAUCUGUCUGCCCUCCGCCACCUACGACUUCCCAGCAGGCCAAGAUGCGUGGAUCACCGGCUGGGGCGCCACCAGAGAGGGAGGCCUCGCCGCGACCAUCCUGCAGAAGGCGGAGGUUCGGAUCAUCAACAGCACAGUGUGCAAGACUCUGAUGGAAGAUGAGGUCACUGACAGGAUGCUGUGCGCCGGAAUCCUCAAAGGAGGCGUGGACGCCUGUCAGGGCGACUCCGGCGGCCCGCUGUCCGUCACCGGCCUCAGUGGGCGGGUCUUCCUGGCUGGCGUGGUGAGCUGGGGUGACGGCUGCGCUCGCAGGAACAAACCCGGCGUCUACACCAGAGUCACCAAAUACCGCAGCUGGAUAAAGCAGAACAGCGGAGUGUAGCGGCAGAGCAGAACACGGCGGGGAUUUCUCCUGGACGUUUCUGACGGGGACUGUUUUUACUGACGAUCACAGCAGAGUCUGUGAAUCUUUUUAAAGGUUUUAAAGUUUAGAAAUCAUGUUUCUAUGAAAACAUCUUUAUACUUGUGCUCCUCUUCAUCUCACAGGUAAUACUGUACUUUUUAUUCCACUACAUCUAUCUGAUGCCUUCAGGUGAUCUGACGCAUGUCUGUAGAUUAAACCAAAUAACACAGACACGUUACUGCAGCAGUUUUACUGAUACAUUCUGUCUGUUAUUACUUUAACUACAUUUUACUGAUACGCACAUACUUUCACAUUAAGGUUUUGAAUGCAGGACUUUUACUUGUACUGUAAAUAAUGAUGAUAAAAUAUUCUCAGGGCAAAAAGGAAAAUACUUUAAUAUUCUCAGAUUUUAUGAACAUUCAAGCUUCAAACGUCGACUCAUGAUCUCAGUCUUUUCUCUUAAAUACUAAGUCAUCAGCAGAGUGAGUGAUUUAAUGGAUUCAGUUUGUGUUUUUGGUUUGAUUGGCUCAGAACGAGUUUCUGUGUUAACCACAGUCAGCUCUUCAGCAGUUAGCUGGACUGAACAAGUUAAGCAGGAUCAACAAGUUAGAACACUGAACUCUGUCACACACUCUCAGAACGAAAGCUUCACCUCAGGGUUUAACUCCAGGAUGACACGACGUUGGCCGUUUCCACUGAACGCUGGUCAUGUGAUUAAAGUCACGGCUGCAGACACUGUGGCUUCAUAACAAACUGAAACCUGAGGAACCACCUUUAGGCUGGAACACAUGCCGCGUUUUCAACCAUCUGGAAAAGACGAGGUCCGGCACUAGCUGCUGCUGCUGUGCCUCUUCUGUGCCAACUAGUUGCUUGGCGACCAUAACCAGCACCAUAUCAUAGCCUACAUACCAGAAACCCUGAGUUCAGAGCUGAUCUUCCUCCAGACGUUGACCUUUAACUGAAUAUUGUCUGUGGGACAUGUGAAGCUCCGUGUAACCCUGCACUAAAAUGAUCAACUGCUUCUCCAUAUGCAUCAGGCCUGGGCUACACUGCCUGUGUGAGCAGCGUGUGACGAUUACCUUGCUGAACUGCUGAAGCUCGCACACUUGUGGUGUUCACAAAAACACAAAGACAGUGUCUCUGCUGCGGCGCUGCUACGAUGAUAUUUACAGAUGUUGAAACUGUAGUGACAGGUGGUGUCAUGUCAAUAUGAUCAUCAAAAGAAAAAAUUGGUGACACUCCAGUUCUCUAGAUAUAUUGCAGCCACGCUGCGCCUGAGCAGCACUGCACGUGCAGGCAGUGUGGCUACACUAAUGUGUUAACAUGGCCGCCAAAAAAAAGAAACAAAUCCCAAGAGGUACCUUGACGCACACGUGCUGCUCACGCAGGCGCUGUGGCCCGAGCUUCAGAGACUGAUAUUUACAGAAGAAAGGGGGGCUACCCACGAGCUGUGGUUGGUUGUUUCAGUUUCAGUUUCAGUUUGUUUUAUUUAUAAAAAAGGACCGUACACAUUAAUCAACAUUACUGUAAAUGUGCCAGUUUUAGCCAGCCGGAUAAUUCGCAACUGUAGUCCUCCGGCAAGAUGUUAUGAAACCAUAACCAUGUCACAUGACAUCCGGUGCGUGUUGCUUAAGUCCAAAAGUUGAACUUUGUUUAUCUUAGGGCUCAGAUGUUGGCCCUUUACUACUUUGAAAACAUGAAUUUAAGGGCGCAAAAAAUGUGUCGUGUUCGAGCCCUUAACCAUGUUCCAACCAUGAACUAAAACGCUGCAACAAAAACUCAUACAUCAACCUUCCAGAGUUCAGUAAUAAAUCUUUACUUUAACCAUCGUUUAUGAAACUGGCUCAGAUUAAACAAAAAGUUUUUAAUAACUGGAACUAAUUUAUUUAAUCUAUAAUUGUAAAAUUAUAGAUUCAAAAUGCAGAUUUUUUUUCUUAGUCUGUUGUAUUUCUCUUACUCAGAGUGUCCCAAACUAAAAUUGGGUUUGUUGUUUUUGCUUAUUGUCGAGCCUUCGUUAUUGUGAUAGAAGAUAUUUCUCUCUUUAUUGUCUGAAAUUUGAUAAAUGAACCAAAAGAUUUGGAUGAUUUAACACUAACAAGCAUGUUGUCAUCUGAAAUAAUAAUUACAUUGCAUUUCUCUAUUGGUUACCAUCCCACACACAACAAAAAGAGACAGUGGUGAUCCAGCCAACUGCUGACAAGAGGCACUUAUGCAGGUGUGAUUGAGAACUUGUUCUGGUGACAUCAGUUUGUAGAAAUACUGAAAACUCUCUAUCAUUAUGUAUGAACAGAGGACAAAUUGUUGUGCAAUCCAAACAGGGCUCCAGCAGUUUACCCAGAAAAGAAACUAAUUAAAGAAAAUCUGAGAAAAACUGUCUGGUUUCAUGAAACUUUCAUGAAGGAGCUCCUCAGGGAACCAUCCUGGGUCCUCGAGAGAAUCCCAAUGUCAUCAGUAUUCAGUAGAACAACCAAGCUAAUAUUUGAAGGAACCCUUAAAGGUUCCUGAGAGCUCUCUUUUACACCAGGUUGCUCUUCAAUUAAUGCUUUACAGUACAAAACAAAAUUAACAGAAAAUAUUUUAAAAAAGCAAAAGAUUUAACUAAAAUCUUUAAAUCUGUUUUAAUUAAAAUUAGAUAAAUAUUAGAUUGGACUUUGGUGUUUUCAGCUUUAGAAAUCAAACAUGAUUGCUUUAAAAAUGUUUUGUAUUCAUAAAACAUAGUAGACAGUGUGAGAUAUUUUUUAGUUUUCCACCGUUGUUAAAUUUGUUUGGUCUUGUUGAUGUUUGAGCAGUAUGACCUCACAGCAGCUAUUUUUGUGACAUUCUUAAUGUCCAUGUUUGUAGUCUUUGCAGUGAGAUGUUUUCUGCUGAAUGUAUUUAUUUGUACAGCGUGUCCUCGUUCAUCUGUCUUUGCCUUUGUCCUGGUUGUAUUUUCAGUUUGUGUUGCAGGAUUAUUAACAGCUUUAUAUACAGUAAUAUAUAAUUUAAUGGAUGAUGCUCAGCUGCAGUAUGAAAGAACUGUUUCAAUUAAACUCCUGUAAUUUUCUCACCGGAAGGAUACAGAGGAAACUUUGCUGUGACCUUCCUGAAGGUCUGAUAAGUUGUAGUUUAGUUUUGUCAGAUGAUUAUAAUUAAUUUUUAAGAUUAAACAGACAGACGCAGGUGCAGGUGAUCAUGAAUGUGCUGGACUCGCUCAUUUUAUACAGGAGACAAAUGUUCUUGUUAUUUUGGUGAAAUUUAACUUGUCCCUGUCGGGGGUAACUCAGGCAAUAAAAACCAUUCAAAAUACAAAAAUUCA